AUGGGUGGCCGGGACCUGUGGGCCGAGCUGGACUCGCUGCUCCUGCAGCUGCUCAGCGACCUGGAGGAGCUGGAGACGAAACGGGCGGCGCUGAACGCCCGGGUGGAGGAGGCGCGCUACGCCAUGGGCGCCAAGUCGGUGGGACCCCUGCAGUACGCCAGCCGCAUGGAACCGCGGGUCUGCGUGCGAGCCAGCGAGGACCGCGACGGCCGCCGCACGUUCAGGGUGGUGAGCACUGAAGCCCAGACCCCCGAGGAGCUGGGGCCUCGAGAGGCGGGUCUGCGCAGGCGAAAGGGCCCUUCCAAGAUUCCAGAGCCAGUGCUCUCUGCUCCACAGGACCCCCUGAACUGGUUCGGAAUUCUUGUUCCUCAAAGUUUGCAGCAGGCCCAAGCCAGCUUUCAGGAUGGCCUUCAGCUAGCUGCAGAUAUAGCCAGCCUCCAGACGCGCAUUGACCGGGGUCAAAGCCAGUUUCAGGGGCUACAGGAGAAACUCAAGCAGCUGGAGUCUGGUGCUGCCUGACCUGUGUCCACAGAGGUGGACGCUGAGCACUGCUGCCCUGGAUGUGGCUGCCUUAUCUCAGGUCUUUCUCU